GGCUCGAAGGGAAGCGAGAGGGGGAGACAUGACACCGACACCCGGCGGCCGAGCCACGCAGGCCGCCGCACCAUGCGAGCCCCACUGUUGAGCCGCGGCCAUGAGGAGGACGUCGGCUUCAUGGUGACCGCCGCGGCGCUCGCUCGCUCCACAAGCUUCUCGACCGCAACUUGGCCGCUGAGCCUCCGCGGGGAAACAUGGCCGAAGGAGGGCCCACCAGGUCCACCGAGCAGGAGGAGCGGACUCGUCCCCACGUCCGGUCAGGAUCGGGCUUCUGCAAAUGGUUCAACGUCCGCAUGGGCUUUGGAUUUAUCUCCAUGACCAGCAGCGAGGGGACCCCCGUCGACCCCCCUUUGGAUGUUUUCGUGCACCAAAGUAAGCUAGUGAUGGAGGGCUUCCGAAGCUUAAAAGAGGGUGUGCCAGUGGAGUUCACCUACAAAAAGUCCUGCAAGGGCCUCGAGUCCCUGCGGGUGACCGGACCGGGCGGGGGACCCUGCGCUGGCAACGAGAGGAGGCCAAAAGGGAAGGUCCCACUCCAGAAGCGCAAACCAAAGGGAGACCGUUGUUAUAACUGUGGCGGUCUGGACCACCACGCUAAGGAGUGUAACCUGCCCCCCCAGCCAAAGAAAUGCCACUACUGCCAGAGCAUCACGCACAUGGUGGCCCAAUGCCCCCACAAGGCGCUGGCCCCCUCUGCAGGCCCUCAGGACCAACACGCGUCUACCUCGGCCUCCGGCCCGGGGUCGUCGGCCUACCUCGCCCCGCCAGAAGAUGAGGAACGCUACGGUGCGUCUGCCGCGGGGGGCUCGUCCUCAUCCCCCGAAGAGCCCCAAAGUCACCGUGCACCCCGGACCCAGAGGUGGAAGAAAUCCUAAAAAGACUCUCGUCCUCGACCUUCCUUCCUUCAUCUACCUCACACCUGUGACAAAAUGGGAGGUCUUCGUUUCUUCAACUUUCGACGCGGACUUUAUUUUAUUGUCUAACCGUGCAGCUAUUCCAAUGAUCAGAUGGGGUACAGACGCGUGUGCCUGCCUUGCGGCCAUGUAGCGGCGACAUAGUAACCGCCGUGGCGUGCAGCUCAGGAGGCAAAAACGCAUGGAUCAUGGUUUGAUUUACUUUUCCUCCAUACACACCUCAGUGUUAUUAUUAUUAUUUUACAAAUGCUCUCUUUCCAAAUGUAAUCAUGCCCAAUUAACCUUUUUUUUAUUUUAUUUUAAAGCACACAUUUUAAGAAAGGUUUUAUGGGAGGAUGUGUAAAAGUCACAACUCUUAAUCCACACAUGUACGAGACUGUUAAAAGCUAUCGUUAGGAACACUUAAUUGGGGAACAGAUAAACAGAUAAAUAACUGGCUAGGAACACAUUUUGGAUAGACAUUUUUAACCCAGUUUAUAUACUCACCCAUCACAUUGCAUAUACAGUACAUGUACAGUCUAAUGAGAUCCAAUACAAGAGGUGCAUCAGAAAAUAUGCCAAAAAGUCAGCUGGCAUCGUUUCCAGCUCAGCCACGAUCCGAAUGAAGACACCUAUAGAAAAAUGCAUGAAUGGAGUAUGCGUAAUUUGAUUGAUGUCAUCAGAGAAGUAUUCAUUUGAGUUGUUUUACAUAGUUUCACCCUUAUUAUAUAGAUAAGGUAACUGAAAUAGAAUGAAAGCGGCUCUGAGUAUGAUGCAAAUUACAAGCAUAAUAAUAAAUAUAUUAAGAUAAAAUGAACACCUCUCUGGCAGUCAAUCAAAAAUGAGCAUUUUUAUCUUUGUAAUAGCAGAAUUUCUUCAUACUGCAGAUGUCGAUCUUCUGUUGGAUUUCAUUUGAAUGUGCAAGCGUACCUAAUGUCAUGUUGUGACGGGUGUUUUUAAAAGAUGAAGAAAAAAAAACAGCUGGCGCGUUUGCAUGCUCGCAAAGAUCAACACUAUUAACGUUUCGCUAUCAUAGAUUGACACGCCUUAGACUGGACGCCAUAUUAUUCGACUAGUUUAGACUCAAGCGCGAUUAAUCAGUAGCGUUCCAUUAUGUUAAGAUGACCGCGACGGCCUGAAAAUCAGUAAUAUAUAUAUAUAUAUAUAAAAAAUUAAAAUCCGGAUUAUACGUAUAAAUAAGAUUUUAUUAAGUAAUGCAUAUUUUUUAAGGAGUUAGUUCUAACUUAGGUGAUAGCCUAACACUUUGAUGGAAUGUUUAUGUGAGAAGUGACUUUGUAAUUGGUAGAAAAAUCAAGCGUGUCUAUUUUAGUCCUUUUAUCAAGCCAUGGCUACUUAAAAACAAACAAAAAAACCUUCCACAGCACAUAUUACAUAGUGUUUACCCAAGGUAUGGGACUGGCUUCUUAUCAGCUUGCUCCUUUGCUCUUUCAAAAUGGAGGUCGCAAGCAGUCCGCCUGUGUCUCGCCGCCACUUUCGAGGAGCGCUCCCAGCUUGUGACCUCGCAGCUCAUCUCUGACCAUAUUGAAUGUGAAAUGAGCGUAUUUGAAUUCGGCUCCUGGCGAUCUUAAGUCGCCUCGUACCAUUUUGACAAGUCAAAUAACUUUGUAUGAUGCCAAUGCCAGCUAGUGUUGUUGUUGUUUUUAAAACUGUCAAAUCAACAACCGACUUUGAAAUUAACUACUCGGUAUAGCGUAUUUCCUCAAAUUGUGUCAAAUAUCUUCCGUGCCCCAAUUAAUCGCCGGGUGUGUCGUCAGCUUGAAAAAAUUAACGCCUCACCUCAAAUAGAUGGUCCCGCUAGGACAGUGUUUUCCAACAUUUAUUGAGCAAAGGCACACAUUUUAUCUUAAAAUAAUUGUACGGCACACCACCAAACAAAUAUGUCACAAAAACUAUACGCAGUAAAAAAAAUGCUAAUCUCUCAAAUGUACUUAGUGUAAAUAAUGGGCCUGUUUAGUUGAACACAAAGUAAAUCACAAGACUGGAAUUUUUCUGCCUGUCACUAUACGUCGCUAGGAUAGAUUAAAGAUGAAUGAUUUGUAGUAAAUUAAUAAUUUUCCACCCAAUUAAGUGAAAUUAGUUAAUGCCCCACGGCACACCUGGUGAUCUCUCUCGGCACACUAACGCGGCACAAUGGCUGGAAUUGACCAUACAAGAUGGCUGCAUUUUGUCUUGCAACACAAAGUCAUAAUUCCACUGCAUUCAAAUAUAAACACAAAAUAAAACGGCACUAUAUGAGGAAAUACGCUAUAUUUAUCCCAAAGAGUUUGGAUUUAUUUUAUAUCCUUAAGCCUUUCAAAGUUAUGAUUUGUCAAAGGGCUCACUAACCUUGCUCAUUCAGAAUUUUUUUUUUUUUAAAUGUACAACUUUUAUUUUGGAAUGUAUGCAUCUAACGUCACCAAUGCUAAUGAAUGACCAAACCACACAAAGAACCGCCUGUGCUCACGUGUGGCUGUAGACCACAUCUUUUUUAUAUGAUGUACUUUUAUUUUACUUUAUUUUUUUGGUACAUUGCUUUUUUUACACAGUGUUCCUCUCUCAGGAUGAUGAAAUGUUCUCAGGGAAUUAACCAAAAAGGAGAAUUGUAUUCUUUUGGGAAUCAUCCACUCAACAGAUAGGAGAGACGUAUGGAACCGACUCGUGUACUGAUAUCAUUAUCUACCUCUUGAGUUAUACAUUUCUGUUUUGUAAUUUUAUUUUAUUUUUACUGACCUGUGGGUUUCUAUUGUAUCGAGGUGGGAGAGGUUUUCCCAAGUUGCCGCAGACGCCAAGGUCUUGGAUCCUAUUUUUUUGUUGUUGUUUAGUUUACAGCAAAAUACCUACCUCAUAUGUUCAACUUUCUUUUAUUUUUAUGAUAACAACUCCUGACCUCCCACAUCUACCUCCUCCUUACGUUUGUAACGCAGUUAGGAAAGGUGUUGGUCUCGCCGCAUUUUGGGAUGAUGCAGUUUUAUCAGAACUAUUUUGGCAAAUCGCUCGAUAAACGAAGAGCGCCUGUCAUUGUUCCGUUUGUCUUUGACCAAAUAUUUGUGCUGCCGUUGGUACCGGCCGCUUUUUUACAGCGGAGGAUAAUCAGAGAUGAUGCGCCCUUUUUGUGUCGCAAUCGGUUUUUCUACGAGUGUUGACAUUACAUAGGCAUUACAAAGUUUAGGUUUUUUUUGCCCAACUAAAACUAACUGAUGACAUUAGGAAAACGUCAGUGUUAAGGCCUUGGACGUAUGUGGAACUGAGACGCAUUUGUAAAGGUUUUUAUCAAAGUACACUCACACUGGGAUAUUUGUUUGCGUAUUUUGUUCAUACAAAAAAACAAUAAUAAUCAGGGCACGCUGAAAAGAAAAGAAAGUUACACGAAAAAAAGUUGCAUUGCUACAAGACUACUUUUUUUAAGUGGUCAACUUAUGGUAAUUUAUUACAUGUCAAAACGUAAGUUUGCUGACUUGCAUAAUACCAUUACAUAUAUUGGUUAAAAAAUUACUUGUUGCAUAAUUUAACAAACCUAUGUUUGCUAUCGUAAUAUUCCAAAUUUGUUCUUGUGAAACUUUGACUUUGUUGAAGACUUUGAAGACCUUCAUUCCAAAAAGCUUCUUCAGUUGUGGAGUCUCCCCUAUUCAUGUCUCCGGUGGGUGUGUCCCCCGGGGGUUGUCACAAUAGGGUCGUUGUCGUUGUUGCCCGGCGGUAUCCACAUUCUGGAUAGGAAGAACUGCUGGUUUGAAAGCAGUGUGAAAAUAGCAAGCUGCUCUCCUAUGUUGUGCCAUGCGUUUGUAUUUAAAGGCUCCUUGGUCUCUCCAACGUAGCGGUCGUUUCCUUUUCUAUGCUUCACUUUCAUAGACAACAUUGCUGAGUUUGCUUCUCCAGCUUUCUCUGAGCAUUCAUUGGUAUGUUAUGUUUGGAUAAAAUCUUUCUAAGUUUGUCCGAAAAACCUGCCACGUAAGGGAAGAAAACAUUCCGCCUCCUGUUUCUAUCCUCAGGCUCGGGUGUUGUGGCAGAUUUGACAACGACCAAGUUAGGAUACUUACAGUACUUAAGAGGCUUGUCUGCUACUUCUGUCUUCCACUGUUGGUGGUAACGACGUGGUUGGUUGAGUGCAAUGACCUUGUACAUUGGAGAGACCAAGCAGCCUUUACACAAGCGCGUGGCACAACAUAGGAGAGCAGUUUAGAGUCAGGAAUUAAUAUUCAUCUAAAAAUGAAGGGACGUCUUUCUUCCAAAGAUUGUCUCAUCAUUGAUUGUCCCCCAUGAAAAGAGUGGCCACUAAUAAGCUCUUUUGUCACCAGGGAGGUGAAUGUAUGCAGGACAAGGAUUCACCAGCACUUUACAGAGCACUGUCAUUUGUCAAACAGUCCAAACAUUGGGUGUCAAGUGUGCUUGAGCGCAGUACAUAUGACCUAGUGUGAGUGCACCCUAAAAAAACAAACAAAAAAAACCCCACUACUUUUAUUGGUAUUGUAACUUUUUUUGUUUUGUUUUUCCCCAAUCAAUGUAACUACUGAUUGAGCUCCAUGUUUCUAACCAGAAAUGUGUCGUGUACAUUUUGCUUUUACAUACAUUUAACCAACAAAGACUUGUUCAGAGGUAAACUGAAUGUACUGUUUGUGCUGAACGUGACAUAACAUCGUGCUGAAAUAUAUAUUUGAUCAUUUUAGCGUGCAACAAAGUUGACACACAACUCUGAACUGUAAUGUUAGCGCCAGUGCUAAUACAGCACGAAGGGUUUCCUUGCUGGCCCACCAACAUUCUAGACCAGCGGUUCUCAAACCGGGGUCCCUCGGACCUCCAAGGCAGUCUUGUUUUAACGUGACUUUUUUUUCUCUAUGAAAUAAGCUACUUACAUGUGGUAGUUAUGUUUAAUUGGUGUUUGAAUUAUGAAAAAAUAUAUAUAUAUCUUCUGUGUAAAGGGUCUCUGGACCUAAAAUGUUUGAGAACCCCCAUUGUAGACCACUAAAGUCGGUGUUUCAUGGUCUCCAUGCUAGGGUCUCCGUAUAAUGUCCGAGUGUUUAUCUUUAAAACAAAUCAGUCAAAGUGCAUACACAACUUUUUGUGAUUUUGUAAACCAUGCAUUUAUGAGAAAAUUGUCCAAGACUAUAUUAUUAAAGCCAUCGGUCGGGUAUUGCAGCAACAGCUUUUGGUUAGCUGAGUUUAGCACAGGCUCCUAAAAACAAAACAAAACAAACCAAAAACAAACAAAAAAAUCAAAACAAAACUAUGCCAUGUUAAGAAAUGAACACAAUACUUUUUCUUGGCAAUGUAUAUGGUCUGAUUGUGGGUUUUGUCAUCAUGUGUUAAUGUCAAGCCAGUCGUUUUAAUUACAGGGCUUGUGUUAAAGUCAACAUAACCAAGUUUAAUAAUGAUUUCCCCACCAUAUUUUACUGAACAUGGUUUAUUUAUUAUUCUCUCAAAAGCCUUAUGUGUGUUAAUUUGAGGAUUACUUACCUUUACAUACCUCAACUGUGGCUUUACCUUCACAGAGAACAAUGCAUCGAAUGUGUGAAGUUCAUUUCUCAUUGCUAUGGCCUUAUGUCCUCGUACACGAAAUCAUCAUAUAUAUACCUCCUCAUACUGACAAAUGCCCUCAUUUUAAUUUAAUUUAAUUUUUAACAUGACAUUGUUGCCAGUGGGAGUCGUGUGCGCUCUCUAUCUUUGAAAGCACACGUAAGCACUGAUCGAGUGGGAAAAAUGUUUUCUUCUUCUUAUUAUUUUCACCCUUAACCUAAGUGUCUGCCUUUUUAAAAUUUCUGUAAAUCAUGGAUUCAAUUUUUAAAUAUGUCUGAAAUGUUUUACUUUAUUGGAAAAUAAACCUAUUAUUUUGGCAUUAAAGUAUGUAUAAUUUUCCAUUACUUGUUUUUUUUGCUGUUGCCAUUGUUCUAGUGGUGAAAGGGCACAACUAAUGACAAAAAUAGCUUUGUCCUAGCAAUCCUUGAACACAACUCAAACACAAAAAUGGCAUCCGUAAAUGUAGUCACAAAAUCUAUAAAUGAACAUAAAUGUAUACAUUUGUUUGCCAUUUCAGGCUAAUUUUAAGUCACAUAGACAAUAGUUUUAACCUGUGGCAAAUGCAAGCAUAGGGAGAACAUGCCAAAUCCGGAGUUAAGAUUCAAACCCAGAAACCUCAGAACUGGGACCAACCACUAUUCCGGCAUGCAUGCUGCCCCUAUCAUUUAUGAUAAAUGUUAAAAAACAAACAAACAGACAUACCAAAUAUACGGUUUGUGAAAAAUGUGGUAAUGAUUACAACCAAACUCUCAUCAAGCUUGCUUCUGUUUUUAUUUGCUUGGUGUUGAUUUCCUCAAGUCCACUAGAGAGCAGCAUCGUGCCACUUCCCCCGUCAUCCCCAAAUGCUGGCUGGCCAUCACCUGCUCACACAAGCCACUGGUUUUCUUUUUUUCCUCUUUUUGUGUGUCAUGUUCCCCAUGGCAAUCUUGAACGUCUUUUAUGAUCAGUUUUCCUCUUCAAUCCCUCACGACGGCUCCGAUUUAACCAACGCUUUGUUUACAGUUCCCUUUGUUACCUGCCUAUACCUUUUUCCAUAAAGCAUCUCUGGAGAUUCGUCAAGGUCAGAUUGCAUUCACAGACUAGUGUGUGUACUUGUUGCAUCUCCUGCAUAUAUGUGUGUGUGAGUGAGUGUUGUUGUUGUUGUUUUUUUUAAACUGCAUAUAGUUCUCCAUCUUGUCCUAUUCCUCAUUCUUAAACUACGCGUUGACCUUUGUUGUGCCGCCUCCAGGUUGUAUGCUUUAACCUUUUCCGGUGAGGCAUUGGGAAUACAAGGCAAAUCCUGCAUGUUGUGCGUUUGUGCGACACACUGCGGUGCAUGAACCCUCCGACCCACCCCCCCCAAAAAUUGCACGUAAACAUGCAGAUGGCUGCCUGUCUCUCCAUCAAAGAGCCACUGUGCAGUUGCAGGACUGUUCCAACCACUAUUACACCUGAAUUAUUCAUCCCUCAUUAAAAUGCACUAUGAGUAAUGACAGCCAAGAGUCUGUUUUUUUUUUUUGGGUGGGGGGGGGG